GUCCUCGCGCGCUCAGUCAGUGCUUAGUGUUCAUUCAAAUGAAAGAAGUUUACUUUUCGCUAAUUAUUUCUUCUUUUAUUCUGUUGUAUUUUAAUUUUUAUCUCAGAUAAAGUUUCUCUCUGUUCAAAGGAUAUAACAGCCUCGCGCGCAGCCGGUUUACGCACGAGACAGCGAAGAAGUGAGGAGCAACAGGAGGUUUUAUGAAAGUCACGCUUUGAACGAGGAGGGUUUGAGGAGAGUAGCCCAACAAAGUGCGGCUCUUUUUAAACCAAGUGGACGCCCGGUCUGACCCGGGAGACCUGCUGUCUGACACCGGAGAAGCUCCCAGCUGAGCGGUAUGAUGACGUCCGAAACUUUGACCGUUAGUCGUUUGUCCACUAACAUGCGCUCCACAAGGGACAGCGUGGUGCUCUUUAACCAGAUCCGAAUCCUGGUUCAGGUCCUGAUCCUGGUUUGUCCUGCCACAGGUUACAGUCUGGAUCAGGAACACAGCCUAGAAUUCAACGGCCCCCCUUCUUCCAUGUUUGGAUAUUCAGUACUGCUGCACCGCCACAGAACUCACAGCUGGCUGGUAGUCGGAGCUCCAGUUGCAAACCUGUCUUCAAGGCCAUCACUUCGAUCUCCAGGAGCUGUUUUUCGCUGCAACAUCACAGCUGAGCCCCAUCAUUGCCACCCUAUGCCUGCUGAAGUGUCAAACUGUGGGAAGACAUGUGAAGGUGAGAGUGAUAAUCAGUGGCUGGGCGUCAGCUUGUCAAGACAACCUGGAGAAAACGGACAUGUCCUGGCAUGUGCUCACCGGUGGAAGAACAUCUACUUUUCCAGAAAAGAUAGCCAGAGCAACAAGCUGCCCAACGGGGUCUGCUUUCGCUAUGGCAGCGACCUGAGACACUCACAGCCCUUCAUCCCUUGCUAUAGAGACCACCACAAGAAUUUUGGUAAAGAUUAUGGAUCAUGCCAAGCGGGUAUUUCCAACUUUCUAACGGAGGAUUUGGUCAUCAUGGGGGCACCAGGAACAUCUUAUUGGACAGGUUCAGUUCUGGUCUACAACACAUCCAGUAGAGGGAUAUCAGCGUAUCUGGAUGAUGAAACUGGAGUUGUCAGCUUUGGGAGCUAUUUGGGUUACUCUGUUGGAGCUGGUCACUUCCUGGGCCCUUCUUCUUUGGAGUUGGUGGGUGGAGCUCCACAAUACAUCCAGAGAGGCAAGGUCUUCAUCUUUACAAUAGACAAAAACCUGCUGCGUAUCAUCUCUGAAGUGUCUGGAAAAGAACUGGGAUCUUACUUUGGCUCCAGUGUUUGUGUGGUGGAUCUGAAUGCUGAUGGCCUGUCAGACCUGUUGGUGGGUGCUCCCAUGGCAACAGGCACCAUCAGAGAGGAGGGAAGUGUGCAUGUGUACAUCAACCAGGGGCAGGCAAAACUAGUGGAGACAGAGUUUCAGCUGAGAGGCAGCAAUGCUUACGCUGCCCGGUUUGGAGAGACUAUAGCAGACCUUGGAGACCUGGAUGAUGAUGGUUACCCAGAUGUGGCCAUUGGUGCCCCACAGGAAGAUGAUCUUAAAGGAGCCGUCUACAUUUACAAUGGCAGGAAGGAGGGCAUUUCACCAACUCCGUCUCAGAGGAUUACUGGAUCCUCCCUGGGUCGUGACCUGCUGAUGUUUGGACAGUCACUAAGCUCUGGCACUGACAUUGAUGAUAAUGGCUACCAAGAUGUGGCGGUUGGUGCUUUCCUGUCCGACUCAGCUGUUGUUCUCAGGACCCGUCCAGUAAUACAGGCGAAGGCAUUUUUGAUGCUUCCUGAUCAGAUUGACCAGCAAGUAGCACUGUGCCAAGACCAUAGACCUCCGACUGUCUGCUUCAACGUAACUAUCUGCUUCAGUGUCACAUCCAGACGUUUCAGAGGAGCUAUAGACCUUCAGUAUAAUUUGACUUCUGAUGUCCUCCAUAAACCGUCCUUCCCUCAUCGCUUUUAUUUCCACGGUAACGGUUCAUCAAAUAGCACAAGGGGCCGUGUAAGAGCUCGCCAUGGCCAUCUCACUUGUGCCACACAUGUGGCCUAUCAAAGGAAAGAUGUGAAGGACAUUUAUACUCCAGUUAAGUUUGAGGUUUCCUAUGGUCUCAGAGAAACAAGCACCCAUAGAGUCUCCACCAAAGUCUUCCCUCCACUGAAACCAAUUCUGCAGAAGAGUGCGGGACAUCACAAUACCAUCACCAACCAGACUCAGUUUGCUCGUUCCUGCUCCCUGGUGAACUGUUCAACCAACAUGCAGCUGAGAAGUGAACUUGUGCUGUCAAAUCAACAGGAUUACUUUGCUCUGGGCUCUUCACAAACGAUCAUACUUAAUACCUCUCUUCUGAACUCUGGAGAUGACGCCUUCCUGCCUCGACUGACACUACGAUUUCCCAAGUAUAUUCACUACAUCAAAGUUCUGCAAAAUCAGCAGGAAAACGUGGUCAGUUGUGAUGUUACAGAGAAGAUCAACUCUACAGAAGUGAGUGUUGACUGCAGCGUCACCAGCCUUGUACUUCCAGCCCACUCACAGCUGAAUUUGAGCUUUCUGUUGGAUGUCAGUCAGAACAGCACACCUGGUGAUAUCAGCAUUUACAUCAACACCAGCAGUGAUAACUAUGAGCUGGAGGAGUUACGCCAUGACAAUGCGAUGAGGCAAACCCUUCGUCUCAAAUACGGAGUCAGUGUCAACAUCCAUGGUUUUGUGACUCCCACUUCUUUUGUAUUUGGAGAUGAAGACGUGAUUCCAGCUGACUGCUAUCCCGAAAAAUUCAACUACACAUACAAGGUGUUAAACUCUGGUCCCAGUAGGUCAGUGGACACUGUGGUUGAAAUUGGGCUGCCCAAGACCCUCGCCCCCUACCCACACAGGUUGUUGCAAGUGGUUGACUGGCAGACUUCACAUGGUUCAUGUUCGAUCAGUGGCACGACUGAAUCAGUUAUCGACAACUGUGAUGUCCCUCAGGCGUCCUUCAUCAGACAACUCCUCUUCUUCUUUUCUCCCACCUCCACCCGCACAAUGUUUUGUAUCAACAAAGAUCCGCUGUGUGAGUGGUUGGUGUGUCGUCUCGGCAACCUGGAUGCAGGAAGAGAUGCUACCAUCCAACUGGAGAUCAACCUAAACCCUGCUGUGCUGCUGCAAGCUCCGGGUCGUCACGCAGUCAUGAGGUUGCAGAGCACAGCAAUUAUGUCAUCUCCCAGAGAAGACCCUCACACCCUCCUCAUCCAGGAUCAGCCAAUCGCACAGGUGGUGGUGGAAGCUGAUUUUACCCAGAAACCCUCAAUGGCUGUGAAAAUCUUCAUCAUUGUCAUCAGUUUAGUUUUAGGGCUGAUAAUCCUGACAGCUCUCAUCUUUUGUCUGUGGAAGGCUGGUUUCUUUAAGAGAAAUUACCAGAAACAGAUAGAGGAGGAAGAGUUCAAGAGAGACAGCUGGGACUAUGUUCCAAAACUGGACAAGAAAAGAGAGAGCACCAUCUAACCCGGACUGCUGCCUCCUGUUGUGACCUCUGACCACAGAAUAUGAGGUGGAGUUUACAUUGUAACUGAGCAACAGUUUCAGUGAGGCAUUCAGUCAGUGCUGAUGACAUGGCUGAGACGCCGUUUACUGCAGAUGAACAUCAUUCACCCAGAAGGUUGGAGUGUGACGGACAAUUGCACCUGAAUCUGACCGUGGCCUUUCAGUCUAUUUUGUCUGAUGUGCCUUUACAACAAAAUAACAUCAUUUUGUUUGUAUUUAACAAACAAAAUAGCUUAAAUGUAAAAAAAAAAAGACUGCUGCGUUGGAUGGAUGGAAAAAGUUGUGCAAGAAACAUGAAUUUGAAGCAGUCGAUUCUGGACCAAUCAGAAAGGUUUGGGGCUUGGGAGAUGUGAAUUUCACUCUGAAGAGAAAACAAACCAAAGAAAAAGACUUUCUGGUAAUGUCAGAGGAUGGAAACCUAACUUCUGAUUGGCUCAUAACUCUGGAAAACUUUGUUUUUGUCUGUAUAGAUUGACUAUAUUUUGUUUACCUGCUCACCAGAACACACACAGCGAAACUCACUGGUUGUGUUGCACCAUUUGACACCUACAGGUCCCACUGGAUGUUGUCCAGACAGAAGGUGAUGACUAAAGGUGUGCAGGUAGCAGAACACAAUACAACUGCUGUGCUCUGAAGGCUGGCGAAGUUGGAGACAGAAAAUCUUUUCCCCUUUAAAGGGUCAUAAUUUAAACUCAGAAUUUUAUGGCUCAUACUUAUGAAAGUCAGUUAAAUCUAUGCAUAUUUUUUCUAGUAGUCACUCAGAUUCAGCUGUCUCGGCAGCACCAAGAUCUCCAAUGUAUUUAGUACAGAAAAGAUUGAAAUUGUAAAGAAAACACCCCUAUAGGCUGAUCACCAGCACUUGAUAUGAAGUAAAAAAAAUAAAAAAAAAUAAGAGGGUGAUCACACCAACAGACUGGAUGUAUAGGAACAAUGAGCAGCUACAGAUGUUUUGAAUCAAAGUGGGAAAAGAUUACCGUUAGAAAAGGUUUGCUUCUUGAGAAGCUUCUCUUGGGAAAAUCAUGUCAAUACAAGAAUUAAUUUUUAUUUAAUUUAUAUGGUGCUUUUCAAGAUAGUUUGUGUGAAUUUCAAGCUAAACUUCAGGGUGAAAAUGCUGUAAAAGAUGCAGCAGAAUCAACAAACCACUUGAGCCACAGGGUUAAAUAAUGGAGGGUGACUUGAUAUCAGCAUUUAAAAAUAUGUUUAAUAGAAAUGUGUUAAAAUUAUGGUUUUAACCUUUUGCAUUCUGUGAAUGCAAGCUGUUAAAAGAGAUAUUACCCCUUCCUUCAGUUUAUGUAGUAGAACUAGUGAUCACACAGACAGUUGUUCAGUGUUUUAAAAUUUACUUUUUUCUUUUGAGAAUUUUUUUAUGCACUGGAGAGUCACACUGCUUUUAUAAAAACUUUUCUAUUGAAAUUAAAGAUUUCUAUUUAAAGAACAAGUUUUUUUUAUUAUUAUAAUCACAUCAUCACAUAAAUAAUAAUAAAAAAAAGUCUUAAAAGAAAACGCUCAAAAACAUUCAAAUAGAAAACUUUCACAUAAAUAAUCUAUCCAGUCUGAUUGUGGUUGGAACAAUAUUAAAUGAAAAAGAGCUGUUCACUGGUUUUAUUUAAUUAUUAAGAAUUAAACUAUGAUGUCAGUCAAAAAAAUAAUAAUUUGAUCACAUAAAGAAAUAAAUCUUUGUUUUCUGCCACUGAAUUA